AUUUGCUCUAGCCCUUAACUGGUAAAAUGGCUCCCAGCGGACAUGCAAACAUUUAAACCAGUUCAAUCUGGAGAGAAGUGAUGGCUGAAGAAGGAGGUUUGACGAAACUGGAAGUCGGUUUUCUGAGUCCUGAGCAGCAGGAGAAACUGCGACAGUUCAAGAUCAAGACGAGAAUCGAGAAUGAGAAGUACCUGAGGUCGCACCCGGAGGUGGAGGUGUUGGUGGCAGAGUUCCUCAGAAAUGUGUUUCUUAAGAGACCCGCUGACAUCCGGGAGUUUGCUGCAGAUCACUUCAACAAUCCAAACCUUUGCUCUAAUGUCAGCUUCAAAAUGGAGGGAAACAGCAUCAUGGACUAAAACACCCGACAGUCGUGGAGCCGCUACCUUCUCCUUUGGCUCUCUCUCUGUCCUGAGCGACACAAAUAGGAACUCCAAUGAACAGAUGUUAAUCAGUUUGUGUCUGUCUACAAAACUGUUUGGUUGAUAGCCUUUUAGAUUUCUGUCACACAUGCAGGAUCCAGCGAGAUAUACAGUAGCUUCCAUGGCCUUUCCUAAUGAGUGUGAUUAAAAUCUAAUGAGGAGGAGGAUGUCCUGUGGGUAUUACACACUGUUUGUCACAUCAGACACACGCGAUUACAUAGGGACAUGUCAAAGAGUUCAUUGUGUACUGAAGUUCACAUACUGUGAUCUGCAUUCGUCUGAUAUGGGCAGUGUCCACUCAACUACAGGGUCCACACCGCGUGUGAGGGGCGGAGUAGGUUGACACUUAUUAAACGUAUUAUUACUCUACGUAUUAAAGUCACAUCUCUUUGGUAUUUGACGAUAAAACACUUUCAUUUUUAUAUAUAUCAAUGGUCAGGUGUGAUAUUUCUUUUGUUAUAGUUUUUUUUAUUUCACAUUAGAAGAAGAGGCAAUUUAGUUCAUUUCUGUUUUUUGUAUGAGUUUAAUCUACUUUGUUUUCCUACAGAGAAGUGAUCGCCUUAGUGUAUUUUUCAGUAACAUCCAUUACCUGAACAUUCAUUACCACUCGUUGUUCAGAAGCUGUUGUUGUGAGUUACCAGCGUCCUCUGUAUGUAAAUAAAGAUGUUCUCUGUGGUCA